UCCUUUAAGCUGGAGUGUAAGUGACUGUGUGUCACUUCAUUAGAGGUGGACGUGCUUUUCUUUUCGCUCAGUGGGUUGGAGGUUGCAUUAGACCACUGACAAUCGUUUCGCUUAACGUCACUUUCAUAGUAUCAAUGAACGUACCAAUAUUAGAGAUCGGAUGCCGAGGAUUGUUACAUUGGGAGCAAGCGACUCGGCACAGAGCGCACGGAGAGGACGCACACGCGUGCUGUUUUAGUGUUUUAUUUUCCUCUCGGCUCACUGACAUGGUUUGAACACUGCGCUUGUUGCUGAGGACGGAGUCUGAAGGUGUCCGCAUCCUGUCUUUUUGGAGAAGAUCAGCUCAGAGUCCCAGGGAAGAUGCAGUGGAUGGAAGUGUCGCAUCUGUGGCUGCUGCUUGUCACUGUGGUGUCGGUCUGCGGAUUUCCCACCAAAUUACAGAGGACUUCAGUCAGAGACAGAAACACUUCAGCGUCUCCUGCUAAGGUGAUAGCAAAGCAAAGCCAUGGCGAUGGUCAUCAGACUCUUCAAGAGCUGCAACAAGAGAACCUGCUCCAGACUCUGCCCUCCAGUCCCUCUUCCCACAGGUCCAGACACCGUUGGUCCCAGCACCUUCACCAGGGUGUCCUUCCCCCUCCUGAACCUGAGGAGGACACUGAUCCAUUCAUCCUGGACCUUAGGAACUUCCCAGAGCUGUCCAAUGCAGACAUAAGUUCACAGAACCCUAAUAUCCAGGUGACCAUCGAGGUGGUGGACGACAGCCAGACUGGGAUGGAGGUGGAGAUGGACCUGGCCAAGGAGGGUCAGCGUAAUGACUGGUCAGUGUCCUCUUCAGAGUGGGCCAACAGCCACAAGAAGCUGUUCUGGCCACUCUUCUGGGAGUACCCGGAGCAGUCGGAGAAUGGGCUGGGAAGAGCCAGUUUGGAGGAGCAGUCUGAGGACUACAACUAUGACCCAGAUGAGCUCAUCCUCAGUGGAGUUGGGGGGGAUGGAGGUGGUCACUGGAACAAAGACUGGCAUGCCAAGGAUAACUAUGAGUAUGAGGAGGAGUGGAGCCACUGGGCUUCCUGCAGCGUUACUUGUGGACACGGCACCCAGAAACGCACCCGUUCCUGCGGCUACGCAUGCACUGCGACUGAGUCACGCACUUGUGAUCUGGAGAGUUGUGCUGACACUGUGUUUUCAGCGACUCCCCUGACACCCAUCCAGACCACCAACAGUACCGAUUUCUUGGACACAAAUGUAGACAGCUGUGAGAAGUGGCUAAGCUGCAAGAAUGACUUUCUUCAGAAGUACCUGCAUCAAGUGCUCACUGAACUCCCCAGCUGCCCCUGCUCCUAUCCCUCUGAGGCUGUUUACAAUGCUGUCAACAUCCAGGACACUAAACUUCACAAAACCUACCGCUGGAGGGACGCAAGUGGACCCAAGGAACGCCUGGACAUCUACAAACCAUCAGCCAGAUUCUGCAUCCGCUCCAUGCUGUCGUAUGACAGUCCAACGUUAGCAGCACAGCACUGCUGUUAUGAUGAUCAGAUGAGACUGAUAACACGAGGAAAAGGAGCAGGAGCUCCAAAUUUAAUCAGUACAGAGUUUUCUCCGGAGUUACAUUACAAGGUGGAUGUUCUGCCCUGGAUUCUGUGCAAAGGGGACUGGAGUCGGUUUCACUCAGUAAGACCACCCAAUAAUGGGCUGGAAUGUGCAGAUAACCCUCCUGAACAAGUGUUUCAGAUAGAACUAAAAGAAGCCCGGGAAUACUGACAUAAUUUCUCCUGACCAUUGUCACAAUCUUUGAUGAGCACAAAAACUGCAAUGCUUAUACGUAUAUAACUCCUGGCUGCUCAAAUUUUGGGUAACUUCAGUUUAAAACAAAAAAGGACAUAACUUUCAAAUCAUACGGAAAUAUGAAUGGAUGACAUAGACAAGAAAGACUGGUGAAGCUUUUUUAUUCGUAUGUGUAGACUGUUCAGAAAUGAAAUAACACUGGUGUUGGAACCAUUGAAAGCGCAAUGAAAAUCAGUGUUAAAUAUGUAAAUGUGAAUAUUAUCAGCUAAUCCCCAUCCAUGUGAGUUGCUGCUUCUCUUUUUAUGCCGAUCUGAAUGUCUAUUGGUCAUGUCUGUUUUGUGUGCACAGAGUGUGUGUAUGAGUCUGUGUGUGUGUGUGUGUGUGUGUGUGUGUGUGUGUGUGUGUGUGUGAGUAUGGAGGAUAAGCUUAUUUAUUGGCCCCUUUACAAUUUUACACAGAUCAAAGUUUCAUGAAAGGAACUCCUGUUGCUAUAUAGGGAACAAAGUCAAAUGGAUAAUUGGGCAAGAAAUUGUCUGCAUGUUCACCUUUACAUUAAAUAUGAUGCAAGUGGUACCAGUCUAUGAACAUUUCUUCUUGUCUGAAAACUUGAAAAAACUUCAAAUGUAUCCCCAUUUGAUUUUGCUGCUAAACAUUCGCAAAUUAGUUAUGACUAAACCUGCCUGUUUGGAAUUGGCUGUUUGCUUGACCUGUGGUAAUGCUCUGGAGCUACUUCAGAAUUAUUUCUUGUGAUUAGUGUGUAUCAUACCUGGUUUAUCUGCAUUUAGGAUUUUAUAGCCAAUGCUUUUUAUGAAAUGAAACAGAAUUUGCUUUAUUACUGUUCACGCAUGUAUACAUAGGUUUGAAUGAUUUCCUGAACUGGUGUUAUUUUGUCAUACAUUGCACGUUGGCUAUUUCAGAGGUGUGUUAAACAAUCAACACAAUCUUCAGACCCAAGUUCACAACUUUUUUUAAUAAAAUUGCUUUAAUUCAGCUCAAUAUUUAGUAGCAACAAAUGUUAAGUUGUGCUUUUACUUUGUAGACAAAUUGCUAAAGAGGAAAUUAUCCUUUGCUACAGCGCGUUGGUCGCCUGUUUAUUCAUAUUUUAUUAAAAUUAAACUUAUUGUGUGACUAAAUUGCAACAAUUUUGACACGCACUUUCCUGGGCCCUUAACAAUACACAUAGCAAGUGUGAAGCCGACAACAGAACAAUCACUGAAGCAUUCAGGCAAGGGGUGGUGCAGCAUGCAGGAGGCAGGAUGUAAUGUAUAAAUUCCAGUGUGCAGAUAAUGUGUUUUUGUGUACAGAUGGCUUGCUACUUAGCUGACUCCAUGCAUCUCUUCUUUUAAGCCAUGGCCAUCUUGGAGCCCUCUGCCACAAUGGUGGUACUGUAGAUGGCUGUCAUUGCCCAAAUCGCUGAAAACUCCACUGGGAGUCACCCCCAACUAUGUUGCUGACUGUUGGUAACCAGCAACCUUCAGGUUUCAGCUUCCUUUCAAAGGCCUCUUCCAAGCAAUAUUCUAAUGAUCCAGUAGCACAGCUUGCUUGGUGGGCUCAAACACAAGGACUGCAAUAUGGUUAGGACACUUUAGCUGCCAUUCAAGGUCCUCCCAACGUGUCUAAGCUCUCUUGAUUCAUUCUUCAAAGAUUUUGUUUCCUCCACUGUUGCUUUCACAUCCUCCUGACCUUAGAAAGCACCGUUCCCUCCCACCUAUGUGGUUCAUGUGAAAAGAAUCUUAGCCAAGCUCAGCCUCACUUGACCACUCCAGAAGCCUUUUGUCACGCUACUUUGCUUUUCUGCUUUCUGAACACCUUCCUCUGCCCUCCACUUCCUGCCAGUCUUCAGGUUGAUCUUGAGCCACUGUACUGACCACUUCUCUCACACUUUUUCAUUUUGCGCUGUUCAUAGAGAACACAAGUCUGCUUGGUCUCUUUGGCAGCCCAAGUCAUCUUUUGAAAUACUGUCACUUCUCUCAAGGGUUUCGACUGUUGUGAUCAGAACUGCAUAGAUGAGGAGAGACCACAGAUUUCAGUCAGCCAUCCAACCUGGCUAGCUAACUUAGCCAACUGAUUUUCAGUAAGCAAUGUAGCAAUAUGAGAUGCUACAUUACAUCACAUUAGAUUACAUCAGUAGCCUACAAUACGAAAGCUUUAAGUAAGUACUAGGUGCUCAAUUUGUUUAUUGAAACAAGAUCCAAAAUCACAUAACAGGUCCAACAAAAAAAGGUGCUAGUUAGGAGUUAGGGGUGUGUUAGGCUCUUGAAAGAAAUUAGUAUUUGAUGCCUCCUUUCCACCAGAGUGAACCAAGUGCUAGGAGUGAGCUCGUGCUGGUGCUAAUUUCGAACCUCUCAAGAACCAGUUUGCUUUUCCAUGGGCUAGAGCCACCUUAGAGCCACAUGAUAACGUCACCACAUAUGUCAUUGUUUACGUCUCUGAUUUCCCAGCAACACAUAUGCUGACUACAAGGUGGGGUUGGGUGAUUGGACAAAUAUAUUGUCUAUCAGUGAUUGGCUGAGUCCAUUGUUGGUUGUGUUUUUUGGGGGGUGAUUUGUCUUUUUUUUUUACUUGCUUAAGAAUUCAUUCAACUGUAUAAAUAAUCAAUAACCUGGCAUUUACUAUAUACUAUAUAUAUUUGUUAUGUCAUUCAUUUAGUCCAUCCCGACUGCUCACUUACUUUUAUUUAUAUUUCUUGUGCCAACAGACAGACACACACCGACACUGGCUCAGCUGAUGUCUCUGACUCGCUACCCCUCUUCACUGCUCCUUCAGAGGGCUCAGCCGACACAUUUAUGCACACGCUUUGCCAAGGUUCACCACUGAUCUCAACAAGUUGGAAUUAGCCAUCACAAACAUUAACUGCAGACAAAAUAGACCCUCUGUAUUUACACUAACUACACGUUCAACGACCAGACAACCGGCCACAACAAUGAAUGUCUGUCGGACCUUGAAGAAGCAGACAGUCAGACACUGUACCGUUACCUCUGUACUACAGGUGUAAGUGACUGGCUACUGCCAGCUUGGAGAACAUUAUGUACCGGUGUUUGGUCGCCAAAGCCCACAGUCUGGUCCAGAGGCAACUUUCGAUGAUCUCUUCACCGAAAUGGCUCACUAAUGUUCAUGUAGGUCUUUGCCCCUCAUUAUUUUGCUAUCUUCUUUGGGUUAGCUGUAGUUUUAGGUGCUUCAGUACUUAGCAUUUGGAGCGCUAUUGUGAAGAUAGCAUUUCCAGUGGUUAACAGUAGUUGUUAUAUUCUGAGACACUAGUGGAGAUGUAUGUUAUCUGAGGCCACUUUUCAGGUUGUCCUCCCAUUCCUCGAUAGUAGUAGAAGGCAGAGGAAUUAUUACAGUAUGUUUUUUGAGAUGGGGAUGUUUAAAUAUCUUUUAUUAGCAUAGCAUAUACUGUUUAUGUAUCAAAUACAGAGCCAGGCAGUGUAUUUAAUCUAGAUUCACCGCACACACAGACUGUACAGCUAGUUGACCAUGAAGAGAUAUUAGCAGAGUAACAUUAUUUAACUUGACAAUUAGUGACUUAACUUAAAGGUACUUUUUCUCUCUGCAAUAUUAUAUUUGCUAUCCAGCUCCCACAGCCAAGGCAUUAAAGUGCAUAGCUAGGUUAACCCAGUUGGACGGAUGGCAGUGUAUUUAUUGGUGCACUGCUGUGCAAAGUCACCGGGAACAUGAUUCAGGCACGCAUGAAGAGAAAUGUUAAGCAUUGCCAUGAUCUGUUUCUUGUUUUUGUUUAUCUCUUUUUUUUUUGUCAAAGAAAAUAAAGACAGGUUUUAAACUCCA